AUGAAGAAGUUAUACUUCGUGGAACCAAUCAUUGCUGUGUAUGCGUUCGCAAGUUUUAUAGUGUAUCCCCUGGUGCAGCAAUAUGUGUACCGCCGACUUUGGCAGGAGCUCACCAAUACCUCCUACCCCAUAACGGACAACAGCUCUCGAUGCGCUCCUAACAGCAGUAAUCACUCCACUUACCAUGAGGAGGUGCAGAGGGCAGCCUCUCUCUUCUCCAUGUACACUGAGCUGUUUUCCAUGAUCCCCAGUCUGAUUGUGACUCUCUUCCUGGUGGCCUACAGCGACCACCGGGGACGCAAAAUCACGAUCGUCCUCCCCCUGUUAGGUUCGGUGGUCUACACGGUGUCCUUCCUGGCUAUCUCUUUUUUCGAACUCAACCUGUACCUGCUCAUCGUGGCCACGUUCGUCAGUUCGCUCUUUGGCGGUCUGGGCACCAUUCUGGGGGGCUGUUUCUCUUACGUGGCAGACCUUUGUGAGGAUGGCAAGCAGAAGACGCUCCGUAUGGCUGGGGUGGACAUGGUCAUCGGCCUCCUCUCGGGCGUGGCGUCCAUCAGCACGGGUUAUUUUCUCAGGGCGGCCGGUUUUAACUGGCCCAUAUUCACCUCCGCCCUGUUUCACUGUAUCAACGUUCUCUAUGCAGUUUUCUUCUUGGAGGAGAGCAGGGUAAUAGAUCGUUCGAACGAGGACGCCCCGCGAGGUAUGGCUUUGCGGAAGCUCGUGUCAGGGAUCUGUCGCCUCUUUGUGGCAGGCACUCCGAAGAGGAACUGGCUGCUGGGACUUCUGCUCAUCACCUUCACCUCCUUCUGUUUCGCCGGCUCGGGUGGCUCGGCGGUCGUCACCCUGUACGAGCUAAACGAGCCGCUCUGCUGGAGUGAGAUUCUUAUUGGUUACGGCUCGGCUCUCUCCACAACCGUCUUCAUCACCAGCUUCUUCGGCGUGGCUCUGUUUUCGCGCUGUUUGCCCGACCUGGUCAUCGUCUUAAUCGGCAUGCUGUCGGUCAUGACCGGUGCGCUGAUGACUGCCUUUGCCAAAACCACCCUAAUGAUGUUUCUAGUGAGGGUCCCGGCCCUCUUGGCCGUCAUGCCUUAUCCUGUCAUGCGUUCACUGAUGUCUAGGGUUGUCUCAAAGUCCGAACAAGGGGCGCUCUUUGCCUGCGUGGCCUUUUUGGAGAACCUUAGCGGCAGUGUGGCAUACACCGUGUUCAGCCGUAUCUAUGCUGCCACAGUAGCCUGGUGUCCCGGCUUUGUUUUCCUUUUGGGGGCGGGACUUUGUGUCAUUCCUUUGAGUCUUCUGGGAGUUGUGAGUCUUUUCCGUCUUGAAGAUUCUAAGGAGUCAGAACCCCUCAUGUCAGAGGAAGACUCUGCUGCCGUAGAAGACAACCCUGUAGCAUGAGGAAAAGAC